AAAAGUAGAUAAACUGCAUGAGGCUAUAAUUUUAUCUAUGGUCUAAGAAUAUAGCCAUUCCAUCUGACAUUCCAUCAUCCUUCCUUUAGUGAUCUCUAGUAACUAUGUUCAUUAUUGUUCAACAUCAGUAUAUAUCACUGGCAACAGGCCUGUAACAACUUUAUCUGAUUCUUAUGCUUCAUUGGUAAUGCAUUUUGCUUCUUUGAUUUCCUUGAAAUAUUGCCCGUCACAUAAAUGAUUUUGUAAGGGAAAAAAAAAUGGUUUAUCUUUUUGAGUUUUAGGACACAAGCAAUGCACUUGACAAGCAACUUGGCCUUGGCUGUUAAAAUGACAGUAAUUUCUUUCACUAUAAUUAGGGCGGCAAACGAAUCGAGUCGAGUUAAGCUUCAACCUGUUCAAAUUUGAGCUCGUUUGUCAAAACGUGCUCAAGCUCGGCUCAUGUUCAGAUUGAGAGCUACCGAGCGACAAGCUGUUCAAAUUCGUUCAUUUAGCUACCGAGUAUUUAUCAAGAGUGUUCAAACUCGUUUGUUUACCUUAUCAAACGAACAAGAACGAGCUCUCAUCGAGCCGAGCCACGAGCAGCUCAUCGAAGACUCAGAUCAUUUACUGCCCUAACUAUAAUGGUAACAGUUAAAACAGCACGAUUAUUAGAUAAGCUUCAGUUACUUUCAGCUAAAAAAAAAACUCAAGAAAACCCAAUCCUCUCUACCACAGACACACACAUGAUCUUCUUCAGUUUCAUACAUUUAUUCCUCCUCCAUAUCCUUUAUUCCAAUGAGGACCAAAUUCCUAUCAAUAGCAGGCCGUAUCACCACCUUUUGUUUUCAGCUGGUCCUCUUCACUAUAUUAAAAGAACCUCUAUACUUUGAUAUUUCAUCCAGUUUCUUCUAUUUAUAUGGCCACACUUCAAUUGCCUUUGCUGAAACAAGCCACUUAUUUCUGGAGUUCAGCUCAGUUACCAGAAACCAAAUCUCUUCAACUUCUAUCAUUCAUCUCUUAUUCACCAAAUGCUUCCUCUGCCAAUUUCAUCUUUCAUGAAAUAUUUCCAGCUUGAUCACUCUUCAUGAUUACAUUAUAAGUUACUUAUUUGCUGCUAUAAGAUCUCCAAAGCCUCCAAUGCUGUGGGACCUUGCAUCAGGUGAGCAGAAGCCACCUUCACAACUGGAACUGAAACUCCAUGGGGAAGCUAUAAGAUCAAGUAAUUCAAAGAGAAUUUUGGUUCCUGGUCCUUUGAUUAUUGGAGCAGGACCAUCAGGGCUAGCCAUUGCAGCCUGCCUGAAGGAGAAAGGUGUUCCUUCUCUGAUUCUUGAAAAGGAGAACUGCAUCGCCUCGUCAUGGAGGAUGAGGACCUAUGAGCGCCUGAAGCUGCAUCUACCAAAGCAUUUCUGUGAGUUACCACUCAUGCCAUUUCCGCCGGACUUUCCGGUCUAUCCGACAAAGCAGCAGUUCAUAAGCUACUUGGACUCCUACAUCAAACACUUCUCAAUAAGUCCUUUAUUCAGAAUGGAAGUUCGGAAGGCAGAGUAUGAUAGCAACAUCGAUUUCUGGAGGAUUAAUGCCGGAGACGACUGGGAGUUCAUAAGUAGAUGGCUGGUAGUUGCUACUGGGGAGAAUGCAGAGGCGAUGGUACCUAAAAUUACAGGCAUGGCUGAGUUCAAAGGACGGCUUUUGCACACUAGUUGUUAUAAAAAGGGAGAUGAUUUUCGCAGAGAAAGAGUUUUGGUGGUCGGGUGUGGAAACUCAGGCAUGGAAGUUUGUCUUGAUCUUUGCAACAAUCAUGCAGAAGCCUCCAUGGUUGUCAGAGAUAAGCUUCACAUUUUGCCUAGAGAAGUGCUCGGAGUCUCAACUUUUGGUCUCUCAGUGUGGUUGUUGAGAUGGCUCCCAGUAAGAGUGGCUGACUGUUUACUCCUCUUAUGUGCACGGCUGAUCCUAGGAGACACUGAAAAACAUGGGCUAAAAAGACCCAAAAUAGGGCCGUUAGAGCUGAAGAAUUCCACUGGAAAGACACCGGUGCUUGAUAUUGGAGCCCUCUCGAAGAUCAAAAGUGGCCAUAUAAAGGUGGUCCCUGGGAUAAACCGAUUCAUGGAUAAAGGUGUAGAGUUUGUGGAUGGGAGGCAGGAGGAGUUUGACACUAUCAUCCUUGCAACUGGUUACCGAAGCAACGUAACUUCAUGGCUCAAGGAGGAGGAAUUCUUCUGCAAGAAAAAUGGAUUCCCAAGGACUCCAUUUCCAAACGGUUGGCGGGGCAAGAAUGGUCUGUAUGCCACAGGAUUCACGAGAAGGGGAUUGUUGGGGGCUUCCAUAGAUGCCCACAGGAUCGCAGAGGACAUUGCCUGCCAAUGGAAUUCAAAGACAAAGCAUCUGCCAAUGGAGCUUUAGAUAAAAAAUCUUAAACUUAAUUCCUCCAGAAAACACCAUUACUCUGGAUGACAUCCUUGUAUAAUUAGGACAGUAUUUGAGGCCUGGCAGAAGACCAUAGCUUUGUUUCUAUGCAAAUUUUAAUGAAGUAUGAUUUUAGCCUUUAAUUUAA